AUGAACGGGUUCUCGGCGCACGGCCUGGACGAAGAUGCGUUCGGGGAGAAGUCGGACUUGAAGGGGAGCCUGAGGACGUUUGAUGCAUUUCCCAAAACAAAGGCGUCCUAUACAGCCCCCUCCCGCCGCGGCGGCCAAUGGACCGUCCUAAUCCUCGCCAUCUGCACCGUUCUCUCCUUCUCCGAACUCCGCACCUGGUUCAAAGGCACCGAAAACCACCACUUCAGCGUCGAAAAGGGUGUUUCGCACGAACUCCAGCUCAACCUCGACAUGGUCGUCAAGAUGCCCUGCGACACGCUGCGCGUGAACAUCCAGGACGCGGCGGGCGACCGUAUUCUUGCUGGCGAGUUACUCAAGAGGGAAGAUACGAGCUGGAAGUUGUGGAUGGAUAAGCGGAAUGGCGGGGCGGGUAUUUAUCAAACGUUGAGUCAGGAAGAUAACGAGCGGUUGGAGGCGCAAGAGGAGGAUGCGCAUGUGCAUCAUGUGCUUGGGGAAGUGAGGAGGAAUCCAAGAAAGAAGUUUGCGAAAGGGCCAAGGUUGAGGUGGGGUGAGAAGCCCGAUUCGUGUCGCAUUUAUGGCAGUCUCGAGGGCAAUAAGGUGCAGGGGGAUUUCCAUAUCACAGCCCGGGGUCAUGGGUAUCAGGAGUUUGCGCCGCAUUUAGAUCACAGCACCUUCAACUUCACGCACAUGAUCACCGAACUUUCCUUCGGCCCUCACUACCCCACAAUCCUCAACCCCCUCGACAAAACCAUCGCCUCCACCGAAUCCCACUAUUACAAAUACCAAUACUUCCUCUCCGUCGUCCCCACCAUUUACUCCAAGGGUGCCCGCGCCGUCGACAGCACCCUCAGCGGAAACCCCUCCCACAGCAACAGGAACCUGAUCUUCACGAACCAAUACGGAGCAACCAGCCAGUCCGACGCUAUUCCCGAGAACCCGUUCUACGUGCCGGGCAUCUACUUCAAGUAUAACAUCGAACCGAUUAUGUUGCUGAUUAGUGAGGAGAGGAGUAGCUUUCUGUCGUUGUUGAUUAGGUUGGUUAACACCGUGUCUGGAGUCAUGGUUACUGGGGGUUGGGUUUAUCAACUUUCGGGGUGGGUUAUUGAAUUGGUUAGGAAGAGGCGGGGUGGUGUGUCGGAAGGUGUAUUGACAGGGAAGCAUGUGGAUGAUUAG